AUGAGCUGGAUUCGUGGUGCGGUUAUAAUUUUUUUCGCUAUUGAAACCGAAGGCUUUAAUUUCAAUAACAAUGCGUGCCGAAAUUACAAUGAUUACACAGUGAGAUUUUUCAGUAAAAAUUGCUAUCACAAUCCCGACGUUCUUUCAGAUACUCCUAGUAUUGUACACCGACACGGGUAUCCUCUUGAAAGUUACACAAUUACGACCCCGGAUGAUUACAUUUUAACCAUUUUUCGAAUUCCGGCUCUGAACAAUAAACUCGACAAACAACCCGUUUUUCUAAUGCAUGGCAUAUUUAAAAGUAGUGCAGACUGGGUGGAUGUUGGAAAUAAAUCACUCGCUUUCAAUUUAGCCGAUCGAGGCUACGACGUCUGGUUGGGCACAAUACGAGGAUGCAAUUUUGCACAAGCACACAAAAAACUCAAUAUUUCAGACAAACAAUACUGGGAUUUUAAUCUAGACAAACUAGCACUUUUCGAUAUUGGGGAACAACUAAAAUUCGUGGCUAAAAAAACCGGAAAAUGGGGCUCUAUUAUAUACCUUGGCCACUCGAUGGGUACCACAUUGGCUUUUUUGUACAAUGCGGGGAACCAAGGACAAGCAAACAACCUACUUUCAGGCAUAAUAGCAAUGGCCCCCGUCAUACAUCUCCGAAAUCUCCCCCUUGUGGCCAAAUUGGCCAAAAUUGGGGUUCCCCUACAGCGAGAGUUGACCCGAUUGCGCAUCGAGGGGCUAUUCUACCAAGACGGGGUAAACCGGUUUGUUUACCACCUUUGUGGCAUUUUUCCGCACUUGUGCAAAAAAGUGUUGGAUUUUUUCGUGGGAAAUGUGACACAGCGUUUUCAUCCGGAUGAUCUUUUGCUGCUUUUCAGUCAUGCCCCGACUCCGACUUCGGUUCAGGUCUUGAGGCAUUUUUUGCAAAUUGCGAUAACCGGUCGUAUCCGAAAAUACGAUUAUGGUAGGCUGAAAAACAUCGAAAUUUAUCGAUUAAGUGAGCCUCGUAGUUACGAUUUGCGUGAUAUUCGAGUUCCCGUUUAUUUGUUUUAUGGUAAAAAAGAUUUGGUUGCCAGUGAACAGAAUGUUAGAAUGUUGUUGGGGGAGUUGGGGAGUCGUGAAAAGUCGAUGAUUUCGAUACCGAAAAGCCCAUCUGGAGUUCCUUACAAUCAUUUAGAUUUUCUGAUGGCGGAUGAUGUGCAUCUGUUUCUGUACCCGGAAAUAUUCAAGGCUCUUGAUGCGAUAAGAGAAAAUUCGAGAUGAAAUAUUCAAAACAUUUAUUGGACAAUUUACUUUACGUUGUAAAUUAUUUAUGCCAAACAGCAUAAACCAGGGAAUUUCUGUUAUAAAUCAAUUUUGUAAAAAAUGAGAUAAUAAAGAGAAAACUUGU